UCACAUUCCUCAAUGAAAGUGAAAGUUAGUCUGAGAGACUGCAGAGCUGCAGUCGAGUCGAGUCUCUCUGUUUCUCUCUGUUUGAAAAUUCAACUGAAUCAACAGGUUUUCCUCAACAAAACAUCAGAAUCUCUGACAAACACCGUAGAAUCCCUUCCGUGCUGCUGUUAGAACUCAACUGAUGAUGUGAAUCAGCCUUCAGGCUCCAUUGUUGGGACUUCAGUCUGCAGCUGCAGAAACAACUUCCAACCCCCUGAAAUGUACUGAAACCAAACAGAAACGAAAUUUAGCAGCUCACGGACCUCACCAAGAUGGCGGCACGCGGCGUAGGGCUCUAUUGACACAGAAUAACAGCGGUUUUUGGACUGAAAACAGCGAAAACAACAAAAUUCAGACUGAGCGAUGGACUCUGAAGCCGGCGGGACGAUGGAGGUGGCGGCGCUCGGCCGGCCUUUCAGCCUCGGGAUGUUGUACGACUGCCGCAAAGACUCUCUCGUCCCUGGCAUUACGCUGUGGGACCGCAAUGACCUGGAAAAAGAUAAAGGAGAAAGACCAAAACCGAACACUGACUUUGAGAUUGUUGCAUCUGAAUCAAUUGAGGACAAAUCUUCAGCUCUAAAUGUUGAAGCUUCCCUGAAGGCAAGUUUCUUGAGUGGACUGGUUGAGGUUGAUGGAUCGGCCAAAUACCUGAACGACAGUAAGAUUUCCAAAAAUCAGGCCAGAGUAACUCUGAAGUACAAGGCUACCACAAAGUUCCAGGAACUGUCAAUGGAUCACCUUGGAAGAGAGAAUAUGAAGCAUUCAUAUGUCUUUGGUAAAGGAUUAGCAACACAUGUAGUCACAGCCAUUCUUUAUGGGGCACAAGCCUUCUUUGUCUUUGACCGUGAGGUGUCUAAAAAAGAAGAUCAUCAAGACAUUGAGGGGAACUUGAAGGUGAUGAUCAAGAAGUUUCCCAGCCUUGCAAUAGAGGGUGAAGGUUCCCUGAAACUGGAAGACAAGGACAGAGCAAAUGUUGAGAAAUUCUCGUGCAGAUUCUUUGGAGACUUUGCUCUUGAAAAAAGUCCUGUGUCCUUUCAGGAUGCAGUAGAAGUCUACCAAAGCCUGCCAAGAUUACUGGGAGCCAACGGAGAAAAGGCUGUACCAAUGAAAGUCUGGCUGUUGCCACUGACAAGUUUAGAUUCUUCUGCUGCAAAACUGGUCCGUCAGAUAAGUAUAGGAUUAGUUCAGGAAUCACAGAGAGUCCUGGAGGACUUCAGUGAGCUGGAAAUGAGGUGCAAUGACACAAUGAGAACCACCACCGCACAGCAGUUCCCACAGAUUGGCAAAAAGAUUAAAAGCUUUAAAGAGAUGUGCUCUGAGUUCAAGCUGGGAUUCCAACAAAAUCUGGCAAAGAAACUUCCAUCAAUCCGAGGAGGAGGAGAAGAGGAGGCUGUGCUCGCAGAGAUCCUGAAGAAGAGACAUUCUUCUCCUUUCAACAGCAAAGACCUGAACGAGUGGUUGGACUGUAAAGAGAGAGAAGUCUACACCUUAAUGUCUUUAACCAACAUGAUGAAAAACACCAAGAUCGUCCCCUCUCAGAAUGUUCUUAGUGAAGAAACCCUCAGUGCAGAGCAUGCUGUGUGUUUUGUUUUCACCUCCCUGGGAAGUGCUGAACCGUACCUCUCAGCUUUAUCUAACUACUUAAAACAAACACCCGAAGCAGACGACCCUCAAGAUGUAGAGAAGGAACAAUGGUUCACCUCAAAAGAAAUAACAGAUGCAAUGAGGAAUAAAGCAAAGCUCUUCAGUGACUUUGCAGAGGCCAACAAGGAGAACAAGAACAUAAAGUUCCUGACAGUGGGAUUAACAAAUGAGACACAGAAAGGUUCAAGCAUCUACCUUUAUGAAGACGGCUUUUCUGUCAAUGAGAACUUUGAGCCGCCUUCAAAGCCUGAAACAGUAACAGCAAGUGACAUAAAGCACAACAGUGUGACACUGAAGAUUUCUGCGCCCAGAUUUGGAGCAGAGAACAUCACCUCCUACUCUGUAGAGUACUGUGUCAGAGGAGAGGAUGGAUGGCAACAAGAGACAGCAUCAAAAGCUGGAGAAGUCACAGUGAGCCAUCUGAGUCCUAACACAGAGUAUAUGUUCAGAUGCAGAGCAGUGACCUCAGCAGGUGUUGGGCCGGCCAAUGAAGCCAGUGGUUCCAUUAAAACCUUACCUUGCAGCCCUCCUGGAGAACUUCAGGUUGAACCAAACUCAAGUGAGAUCUCAGUCAGCUGGGAGAAACCUGCUGAGCUUGGACAAGAUGUCCAGAUUUUGAGCUACAUCGUGGAGUACGCCAAAACAGACAACGGGGUGAAAGAGGAAGAUCUCCAAUGGAAGCAAAUGAUGUCGAGAGCUGAAAAGGCGAUCAUUUCAGGGCUUCAGCCAGAGACAGAAUAUGUUGUCAGGGUCAGAUGUGACUGUGGUAAAGCUGGAAGAAGCAAGGAGAGCAUCUCUGUUAAUGUCUGCACAACGACAUUUACAGGGGAAAGCGUACGUUGUUCCAGACUUGAAGUCCGUGGGGCAGUUACUGACAAUCUAGACAGAAGGAUGGAGUCUGAAGCUGGCGGGACGAUGGAGGUGGCGGCACUCGGCCGGCCUUUCAACCUCGGGAUGUUGUACGACUGCCGCAGAGACUCACUUGUCCCUGGAAUUACACUGUGGGACCAUGAUGACCUGAUAAAAUAUGUACAAGAAAGACCUCAGAACUAUAAUGAUUUUGAGAUCGUUGCAUCUGAAUCAAUUGAGGACAAAUCUUCAGCACUAAACGUUGAAGCUUCCCUGAAGGCAAGUUUCUUGAGUGGACUGGUUGAGGUUGAUGGAUCGGCCAAAUACCUGAACGACAGUAAGAUUUCCAAAAAUCAGGCCAGAGUAACUCUGAAGUACAAGGCUACCACAAAGUUCCAGGAACUGUCGAUGGAUCACCUUGGAAGAGACAAUAUGAAGCAUUCAUAUGUCUUUGAUAAAGGAUUAGCAACACAUGUAGUCACAGCCAUUCUUUAUGGGGCACAAGCCUUCUUUGUCUUUGACCGUGAGGUGUCUAAAAAAGAAGAUCAUCAAGACAUUGAGGGGAACUUGAAAGUUAUGAUCAAGAAGAUUCCCUGCCUUGCAAUAGAGGGUGAAGGUUCCCUGAAACUGGAAGACAAGGACCGAGCAAAUGUUGAGAAAUUCUCCUGCAGAUUCUUUGGAGACUUUUCUCUUGAAAAAAGUCCUGUGUCCUUUCAGGAUGCAGUAGAAGUCUACCAAAGCCUGCCAAGAUUACUGGGAGCCAACGGAGAAAAGGCUGUACCGAUGAAAGUCUGGCUGUUGCCACUGACAAGUUUAGAUUCUUCUGCUGCAAAACUGGUCCGUCAGAUAAGUAUAGGAUUAGUUCAGGAAUCACAGAGAGUCCUGGAGGACUUCAGUGAGCUGGAAAUGAGGUGCAAUGACACAAUGAGAACCACCACCGCACAGCAGUUCCCACAGAUUGGCAAAAAGAUUAAAAGCUUUAAAGAGAUGUGCUCUGAGUUCAAGCUAGAAUUCCAACGAACACUUUCAAAGAAACUUCCAUCAAUCCGAGGAGGAGGAGAAGAGGAGGCUGUGCUCGCAGAGAUCCUGAAGAAGAGACAUUCUUCUCCUUUCAACAGUAAAGACCUGAACGAGUGGAUGGACUGUAAAGAGAGAGAAGUCUACACCUUAAUGUCUUUAACCAACAAGAUGAAAAACACCAAGAUCAUCCCGUCUCAAACAGACCUGUACAGGGAAAUCCUCAGUGCAGAUCAUGCUAUGUGUUUUGUUUUCACCUCCCUGGGAAGUGCUGAACCGUACCUCUCAGCUUUAUCAAACUACAUAAAACAAACACCCGAAGCAGACGACCCUCAAGAUGUAGAGAAGGAACAAUGGUUCACCUCAAAAGAAAUAACAGAUGCAAUGAGGAAUAAAGCAAAGCUCUUCAGUGACUUUGCAGAGGCCAACAAGGAGAACAAGAACAUAAAGUUCCUGACAGUGGGAUUAACAAAUGAGACACAGAAAGGUUCAAGCAUCUACCUUUAUGAAGACGGCUUUUCUGUCAAUGAGAACUUUGAGCCGCCUUCAAAGCCUGAAACAGUAACAGCAAGUGACAUAAAGCACAACAGUGUGACACUGAAGAUUUCUGCGCCCAGAUUUGGAGCAGAGAACAUCACCUCCUACUCUGUAGAGUACUGUGUCAGAGGAGAGGAUGGAUGGCAACAAGAGACAGCAUCAAAAGCUGGAGAAGUCACAGUGAGCCAUCUGAGUCCUAACACAGAGUAUAUGUUCAGAUGCAGAGCAGUGACCUCAGCAGGUGUUGGGCCGGCCAAUGAAGCCAGUGGUUCCAUUAAAACCUGCUGAAGACUUUCUGAUUCUGUUAAAGAUCAAAGCACAUUGUUAGAACCCCAGACCGGUCCUGUCCCUGUUUAUAAAAUCCCCCUGAAAGAUGAACGAAUCAGUGUCCCUGGCUGCAGGAGUUUCAGUUUUGGGAAAGAGUCCACUAAACGUAAUCGCACCAUCAUGCUUCUGGGAGCAACUGGAGCUGGGAAGUCAACUCUCAUCAAUGGGAUGAUCAAUUACAUUCUAGGUGUCGAAUGGGAGGAUUCAUAUCGGUUUAAGUUAAUUGAUGAGGAUCAGUCGACGUCACAGGCUGAAAGUCAGACCUCUGAAGUCACUGUGUACAAAAUCAACCACCAGGAGGGUUUUAAAACAGAAUACUCUCUGACCAUUGUUGACACUCCAGAGUUUGGAGAUACAAGAGGCUUAAUAAGAGAUGAGAGCAUCACAGAACAGCUGUGUAAUCUCUUCUCUGCUGAGCUUGGUGUCAGUGAAAUUGACGCUGUGUGUUUUGUAGCUCAGGCUUCUUUAGCUCGACUCACGCCAACACAGAAAUAUGUGUUUGACUCCAUACUCUCAAUCUUUGGCAAAGAUGUGGCAGAAAACAUCAGGGUUCUGGUGACAUUUGCAGACGGCCAGCGUCCACCAGUUCUAGAGGCAAUCAAUGCUUCAGGUGUCCCAUGUCCUAAAACAAGAGACGGGCUGCCAGUUCACUUCAAAUUCAAUAACUCAGCUUUGUUUGCAGACAACAAAUCAUCUGCAGCAGGCAGCAUGAGUGGGGAUGAUGAGGAUGAAGAUGGAGGCUUUGAUCAGAUGUUUUGGAACAUGGGGACAAAAGCAUGAAGAGGUUCUUUGCUGCUUUGAAUCAAAUAGAAACCAAAAGCUUGACGAUGACGCAGCAGGUCCUCAGAGAAAGAGAGCAGCUCGAGAAUUCAGUUGAAAACUUGCAGGAGCAGGUUAAAGUUCAGUUAGCCAAGCUGGAGGAGAUAAAAGAGACAAGUGAAAUACUAAAAGAGCACGAGGCAGAGAUGAAAAGAAACAAGAACUUUGAGUUUGAAGUCACUGUCAUGAAGCCUUUUGAAGUAGAUUUUUCUGGUACUGGAAAUUACCUCACCAACUGUCAGCAGUGUCAUGUCACCUGUCACUAUCCCUGUCCAUAUGCAAAUGAUGCAGAUUUAAGACACUGUGUUGCAAUGGGAUCAGAUGGAUACUGUACUGAGUGUCCAGGCAAAUGUUUCUGGGAUGUACAUUAUAUUCAGAAGUACAAAUGGGAGUAUAAGGAAGUAAAAGAAAAACAAACAGUGAAAAAGCUGAAAGCCUCAGAGGCUAAGAGACCUGUUCAGGCACUGAUUGAUAAACUGAAGGCUGAAUAUGAUGAUGUUCAGGUUGAGGUGGUGAAACUGAUAAAGAAGUCUUCUGUGUGUUUAAAAAGACUUAAAGAGAUAGAACUGAAGCCAAAUCCUCUCUCCACUCCAGAGUACAUCGACAUGCUGAUUGAGGGAGAGAAAUCUGAGGCCAAGCCAGGCUGGAAAAAACGAGUCCAGUCCCUGAUAACCAUGAGAGAAAAAUCUGAGAGCAUGGCUAAAAUAGAAAGAGAAGAGACAGUCCUCGAGUCCAUAGAAUAGUGAUCCGAAAUCUUUGUGUCAAAACUAAAUCAAAACCAAGACCAUAACAAGACCUGACCAAAUACCCAAACAAAGACAGAGAUCCAUUCAGACCCAGAUACCAAAGAACCAAACAAGACAGAGAGUGAUGUACUGAGACAGAGUCUCCAUACUGAGACACCGACACUUCAGUUAUUCUGACCAACAAGUAGAAAUGUUUUCGACAUAAAGAGAGAAGCUGCUAACUCGUUUGUACACAUUUUGUGCUGGAAGCAUUAACUGGACAACUUCCUGCCACCAUUAACACCAGUGUCACAGUUUAAACCUGCAGCUUUAUUAACUCAGCAAACCUGAACACUGAGAAUUAAAUAGUAUUUAAAUUUUAUCUAUUUUGACAAUCUAAAUAUAACUGUUCAUAAAGUGUUUAGAUAUAUAGAUUUGCAUUGUUCAGUACGGCUUUGUAAACAGGAAUAUCAGCUUCUUACUCAGUUGUUCUGCUCUUCUAUUAUUUUCUUUGAGUUUUGAAAAAGGUGGUUAAUGUGAAUAAUGAUAAUGACUUGUUAUGCUGAUGUGUAUUGAUUUACAUGUUAUUGUUGUGUUGUAAUAACCGGUGUAAAAUGCUCUGAUAGUACAUUAGAUUUAGACAUUUAGAUUAGAUAGUUCCCCUUGCUUGCUCACUACUCAAGAAUGUCUGUUGUGUAAAAACAGCUGACGCUAAUCUCUUUUUUAAACAGUAAGAUGAGAGCAUUCAUUAAUGUUCUGACCAUGUUUCAUAAAUUUAAUGUGUCCAUGGAACGGCCAAAGAGGGGACUGAUUUGACCUUUAUGCAUUCUGAUGAUCAUAUCAUUUACUUUGUGUACUUAUAUUCAUCUUACUGUCCACUAUGUGUACCAGUGUUUCAGCUAUAAUGAACAUCUGUGAGAUAGUUUUAUCUUCUGCCUAUACUAUACUGUUCCUGUGAGAACUUGAGUAUCAAGGCUGAGAACAGCUUUCUCGUAGACUCCAGUUAUCUCCUGCAUUAAAUCCCUUAGUUAUCCAGAUGCUGUGGAGUCUGAGUCCUCUGGACCAGCUGACUUUGUUUCACUACUUUUUUCUUACUUUAAUAAAACUCACAAAGACAA